AUGAGAAGAUGGCCACCCUGCUGCUACCACCGGGUCCUGACAGCUUGCACCGGUUUACCCGGGAGUCCCUGGCUGCCGUGGAGCAGCGGAUCGUCGAGGAAGAGGCCCGGCGCACCAAGCACUACCAGGAGGACCUGGGAGAUGUGGAGCUGCCCAGGCCCCGGGCCGACCUGGAGGCCGGCAAACAGCUGCCGCGCAUCUUCGGCGACAUCCCCAACGGCCUGGUGGGCGUCCCACUGGAGGACUUCGACCCGUUCUAUUUCAUGAACCAGAGAUAUCAGUCCUAA